AACACUGUCAGAGAAGCGAGAUUCGAACGGCGCACGUGUACGGCACGGAUCACGAUGGAGAAACGUCUUUCGAGGCUGCCAGGGAAUUACGGGGAAACGCACGGGACUUUUGUCUUUGAGGACGAGGGACAUACCCUGGGAAACGCACUUGCUUCUGUGAUAAACGACAAUCCUGGCGUGAAGAUAUGCGCUUACACCACGCCGCAUCCGGCGGAGAAAAGAAUGCACUUAUACAUUCAGACAACUGGUGAGAACGUGCUCGUAGUAUUGAAACGGGGCCUCCAGGAUCUUGAGAAGAUUUGCGAUUACACGCUUGAAACGUUCGAUAACGCCUAUGAAAAGUACAAAGCUUCAGAAGUACUCAAAAGUACUUCACAAAAUGUCUCCACAGAUGCUACGUAAUAUUAUGCCAUUUGUCUUUAGAUUUAUAAAUAUAUAAGUUAAACAUAU